AUGCGCGCGUCAUCGCGUCCAACCGGCGAGACCCCCAAGGACGAGGACGAACCCGACGUGCUCAUCCCCGAGGGCGUGGCGUGGACCAGCACCGAGGACAGGCGCAUGGUCGAAGCCCUUAGACGACGCGCCAGGGUCAUCUCCCAGCUCAAGCUGCAGCGCUCGCGCGUGAGCGUGGGCGACUACGUCUCGGACGAGGUGACCAAGUUCCGGGGCGAGCGGUUCAGGAUCGAGAGGCAGAUCGUGGCGAUGCGGAAGGACCUGGAGGCGAGGACGACGCUGGGCAGGUUCGAGGAGGCCAAAGUUCUGAAGAAGUCAAUCGCCGACGCCGAGUCCCGCCGCGACGGAAUCACGCGCGCGAUCGAGGCGGAGCAGACGCGCCUGCUCCGCCGAUACGACGAGGAGCUGUGA